AUGGGACAAGGGGAGGAGAUGAAGACGAGACCCGAACCAAAAGUGGAGAUCCAGGAAAGGGGAGAGAUCUUCUUCUUUUAUAGGCCCAAGGUUGAGAGAGAAGAAGCUCACAGUGCCGAUGAUGUGCAAAGGCUGUACAUCGUCCUCCGUCCCGAGUCUGGCGAGCGAGCAGUGGAAGAGAAGCAGGCAUCGGAUUCUGGCAAGGAAGGCGAGAAGAGAUCUAAGUCAGAUGAGGAAGGCGACCGUGACCAGAAGAAGGUCGAGCAUGUCGGAGAUGGAACUGAAGGUGGCCAUGGCAGUGAGGAGGUGAACAUCGAAAAGCAGCCACUGCUCCGAUUUAUUGUCAUGGGAAGGAAGAGCUUACCAGAUCCGAGCAAGAGAAGCCGUCCUUACUGGGGAUUUGUGGAGAUCGUGACUACGAAGGUGGAAGACAUAAAAACGGCUCUAAAAGGAGAGGAGUACGACACUGCCACCCGUGGGCACCGCCGCAAUUCUCCCGCAAGAGCCCUUGCAGAGGGCAUCUACCGCAUCCUGAGGCACGAGGCAGGCAGGAAGACGCAUACCCACCUCGUGUACAAGCUCGAAUUCCCCCCAGAGGAUGCCGACGGUGAGCCCCAGGAGUGUCUCAACGUUGAACGUGAGGGCUCCUUCGUCAUCCAAAUAAAGAAUCCCGGGCAGAAGAGCAGCACGGCCUACUUCAGAGGCCUCCAGAGCAAGCGCAGGGCCGUGUUCCCUGCCCACCUCCAGGGCCAGCUUGGGCAGCUACGCUUCGGUCCGGCGGACCCCCCGGAUUUCCUGAAUUAUGAAGGGUGCGAGUUCUUGCUCAUAUCGGCGUCGGAUGAUAUAGAUGAGGAGCUUGGCCUGGAGCUCGAGACGGAGGGAGAGCGGGAGGAGAAGUGUUCGGAUUUGAUGGAGAUGUUUGGAGAUGCGGCAUCCUCCAGGCCGCUGCUCAGUGGCACUUGGAUUUGAGUCGAAUCCCUCGUCAAGUACUCAUGUUAGUUUAGUACGUAGGAUAUAUGGGAGCGACCUCAAAGUUGGCUUAAGGGGAUAUCGUACGCUGUGAUUUUUUUUUUUUUCUUGCUAGUUUCAGGUUUUGGCCAGAUCAGCCUUUUGUUUGUACUGUAUUUAGCUUGUUCUGGCAAUCAUCCGAACUUUUGAGUUCAUAAGGCUUUCAAUGUACAAGUUAUCAGGGUUGUUGAGGCUUAAG